UCCCGAUGUCCCACCAGUAGAAGCGCCAGUUCCAAUGGUCACGGCUCCCGACGCUCCAUUCGUAGACGUUCCAGUGGUCAGCCCAAUGGACCCUCCAACAACGCCAGCACCACUGGUUAGGCCAAUGUUUCCCCCGGUUCCAGCUGUGCCAGCACCAACCGUCAAGGUGAUUGCCCCCCCGGGCCCACUCGAGCCAGCACCAGAUCUCAGCUGAAUCGCUCCACUGGUUGAACUUGCGGCAGUGCUGACAGACACCGCGCCACUUACGGAGUUGGAGCCACCAGCGCCAGUCAGCAAGUUGAUGUUACCGCCAGAGGACCAAGAACCAGCGCCGCCUGUCAACUCCACGUUGCCGCCGACAGUGCCUUGUCCACCAACGAUGGAACUCUUUCCACCCGUUGAGGCAGAACUGAUGCCAGCUGUAAACGUGACAGCUCCUCCAGCCCCGGCGACACCAUUGCCAACGAGUCCCGUUAUGUCGCCUCCAGUGCCACCUGAAGCUGAUGUUCCAGUGGUUAAUCGAAUGCUUCCAGUGGAACCACCGGUCGCUGCCGCAGAUGACAACGCGAUUGAUCCAGAUGCACCUGCCGUCGAGGCUCCGCUAGUUAAUGUGACAGCUCCGCCGACAGCAGCUGCCCCGCCGGACAAACUGAUUGCACCACCGGUUCCAACUGUGCCGGUUCCAACCGUAAGGCGGAUUGCUCCAACCGGGCCAUUCGACGCAGUGCCUGUAGUCAGCUGGACUGCACCACUUGUUACGCCAGCGGCAGAAUUCAACGCGAUACUGCCAGUCAACCCCAACGACGAGCUCAAUCCCGUAGUCAAUGCAAUAUUUCCACCGGUUCCAGAUGAGCCCGUUCCGCCGGUCAAAACAAUACUGCCGCCACUGGUUUGGCCAGCUCCACCAGACACUUCGACAUUGCCCCCGGUUGUAGUUCCGCUGCCACCAAAGAGCGAUGUCUUCCCGCCAAUUUGAUCGGCACUAGCUCCCGCGGUAAGUGUGAUUGCGCCACCGAGGCCUGUUGCUCCGCUUCCGCUUGAGAUGGCCACGCCGCCACUGGUACCACCCGUUGCGACGCCAGCCGAUAUUGUCACAAGUCCAGAAUUUCCACCGGUUGAAGCACUUGAGGCGAUGUUGACUGCUCCAGACGCUCCGCCAGUCGACGCACCACUUGUGGCAGUCAACACGCCUCCAACAACUCCUUUUCCGCUGGAUAGCGACACCGCUCCACCAGUGCCAAGUGUGGCGACUCCGACUGAGAGGCUAAUCGAGCCCCCAGGGCCGGCGGUUGUGUCCCCAGAGGUGAGAGCAAUUGAGCCGCUGGUACUUCCGCUGACAGAACUUACGGCAAUGUCUCCACUUGUCGAAGUUGCACCACUGCCUGCGCCGCCGGUGAUUGCAAUUCCACCACCAUUCCCAUUGGAGCCAGCCCCACCGAUCAAUUGAACUUGACCGCCAACUACACCAGCCCCUCCAGUAAUGGAGACUCUUCCACCAGCAGCGGCAGAGCUUUCGCCAGAUGUCACCGACACUUCGCCGCCAGUGCCAGUGUUUCCAGCCCCGACAGACAUUGUUAUCGCACCACCUUUGCCACCAGUGGACACGCCAGUCCUCAGACCGACCGAGCCCGAGUCUCCCCCCGUGGAUACACUUGAUUUCAAUGACACAGCGCCGGACGCUCCUGCGCUUGAGCUUCCACUCGUGAAAUCCAGCGCACCGCCGACAACUGAGUUUCCACUUGACAGAGUGAUAU